CAAAGCAUGAGAGAAUAUUUCUUUUCUUUUCGAAUUUCGAUGCGCAUAAAAAACUCAGUAACAAUAAGUGUUAUUAACUGGUUUCCAAAGUUGCCCUUGAAACCUUGAUUUUGCUAUUGCUAUUGCCCUGUUUACUUCUAUCAGGCCCUCAAGAGUCGCAGAAAUGGAGAACCGUGGAAAGCUUGAAGCUGAGAGGUAUGCAGUAGUGACCGGAGCAAACAAGGGCAUCGGAUAUGAGAUUGCAAGGCAACUUGCUUCAAAGGGCGUAACGGUUGUGUUAGCAGCUAGAAAUGAGGUGAGAGGAAAGGAGGCAACCGCAAAGCUCCACCAGAUGGGAUUGUCAAAUGUAGUUUUCCAUCAACUUGAUGUUUUGGAUGAGGCUAGCAUUGAAUCCUUGGCAGAUUUCAUAUCUCGAGAGUUUGGGAGGCUUGACAUCUUGGUUAAUAAUGCAGGAGCUAGCGGCGCUAUAGUUGAUGAAGACCGCCUUAGAGCCUUAGGCAUAGAUCCUACAGCAUGGCUCUCUGGCGAGGUGGCCAAGAUGGUUCAAAGAGUGAUUAAGUACACAUAUGAAGAGGCACAAGUAUGUUUGAAUACUAAUUACUAUGGUGUCCAAAGAGUGACGGAGACCCUCCUCCCUCUGCUUCAGCUUUCCAGUUCAGGAGCUAGGAUUGUUAAUGUUUCUUCUCUUAGAAGCGAAUUAAAGAGGAUUCCAAGCGAAAGCAUCAGAAAUGAACUUGGUGAUAUAGAGAAUCUGACUGAAGAGAAACUGAAUGGCAUAUUGCAAAGAUUCUUGAAGGAUUUUAGAGAAAAUACACUUGAAGCCAAUGGUUGGUCGAUUAUGCUGCCAGCUUACAGCAUUUCAAAGGCAGUGCUUAAUGCUUACACAAGAAUUCUUGCCAGAAAGUAUCCCAACAUGCGCAUAAAUUGUGUUCAUCCUGGGUAUGUUAAUACCGACUUGAAUUGGCACACAGGGAUAAUAACUACUGAAGAGGGUGCUAAAGGUCCUAUUAAAUGUGCUCUCAUUCCCGAUGGAGGUCCUACCGGCUGCUAUUUUGAUCAGACCCAAGUUGCUGAGUUUUGACCAACUCUCAUCUCACUUGAUUGAAACUAUUGUUUUCUUCUUUUUUUUAAUCUUUUUCAAUAAAUAUUUAGUUUGGGAUUAAAUGUUUUAGAUAGUUAAUCAAUUCAGUAUUAAAUGUUUUAUUUUAUAUGAAUAAAGAUUAAAUGUUA